AUGAAGCAAGUUAAAUUCGUCCCACACCAAUCUCAAUGGACCGAUGAAGAGUUUCAAGCCAUAGUUGAAGACGUUGAGAACGACAUAGACGGCGAACUUGAAGGAGCUCAAAUCACAAUUGCAACCAAAAUUGCAGGAGUCAAGGAACAGAUAGCUCCACUUAAAGCUACCAAAGCUACUCUUGACCUCAUGGAUAGUUACCGUUUAGAUGUCAAGAGUGGAAUAAGACAAUUAAAAUUAAAACU